UAAGGAAUGAGGUGGCGCCCUUCCACCUGUCUCAGCUUUCCCUAGGGCCCAACAAGGAACAGCGCCUCCUAGAGGGCAGGGACCAGGCACUGCAGUUUCAGCUCCUUACCCUCAACCAGCUGCAGCAGCAACACACCUGCCUGGAGACUGAGAUCAACAAGAAAAGAAAGGAGUGUGAGGUGCUUGAACAGGAGGUGAAGAAAAAGAGUCAAACAUGCCAGACUCUGGAGAGCGAGCUUCAAGAUGUUCUUGAGGAAAAGGCUCGUCUAAGUGUGCAGUUGUUCACUAAUACCAAGAAGGCAGCACAAUAUGAGCAGGUGAAGACAGACUAUGAGCUGCUGCGCGAAACCCUAUACACUGUGACUCAGGAGAGAGAUUGCGCCCUGCGGGAGAGGACCCAGCUCCAAGGCAAACUGGAGAACCUAGAGCAGGUGCUGAAGCAUAUGCGAGAGGCUGCAGAGCGGCGGCAGCAGCUAGAGUUGGAGCAUGAACAAGCCCUGGCCGUGCUCAAUGCCAAGCAGCAGGAGAUCGACCUUCUGCAGAAGGCUCAGGUUGAGGCUCAAAAGGAACAUGAAGGCGCUGUCCAUCUGUUAGAGAACCACUUGGACAGCAUGCAGCCGAGGAGAAUUCCACGCACGUUGAACACAGUGUGGUUUUUGGCCAAAGUGCGAGACUUGGAGGAGAAAUGUCGGAAUCAGAGUGAGCAGUUCAACCUCCUGUCCAAAGAGCUGGAGAAAUUCCGACUGACGGCGGGGAAGUUUGACAUCCUCAGCACGAGCUCUCUAACUGGGGGCGAGCCGCCAGGGUCACCCAACAAGACCCUGUCCCAGCUCCUCAAUGGACUUGCUGCUCCAGGUGGUAAAGGCACUGACACUCCGAUGAGCCGAUCGCUCAUCUCCGAGUUCAUCCGGCCACUUCAGAUGAGCUCGGAGAAGGCGGAGCUCUUGUCGGUCAAGCCCACGUUCCUCAGCCGGAGCCAGCCGAGCAGCCCCCGCCGCGCCUUCCUCUCCGAGCAGAUGGACAAAGAUUCUGCCCCGCGCGCCAAACCCAGGUUCACAGGGAAAGUGCGUCUGUGCGUCGCACGCUACAGUUAUAAUCCUUAUGAUGGACCCAAUGAGCAUCCCGAGGCAGAGCUCCCCCUUGUGGCUGGGAAGUAUCUCUACGUUUAUGGGACCAUGGAUGAAGAUGGAUUCUAUGACGGAGAGCUGUUGGACGGCCAGCAGGGUCUCGUUCCCUCCAACUUUGUGGACUUUGUGCAGGACGACGAGUUGCCGUCUGUACCCCCCACCAGCGUCGGUGGCAGCAGCAGCGUCAUCAGCAGCAGUGGCAUCAGCAGCGGCAUCAGCAGCACCAUUGGCAGUGCUGAGCGCAGCGUCAAAGAACCGUCCUACCUCAACCACAGCCCGGCUGUCCUGCCCGCCUCCUCCGCUGCUGCGGCCGCUACUGGGCUCUCGGCCGCCGCCGCCGCUGCUGCCGCCACGGCCACGCUCCUGUCGGAGAGCGCUCCGAAGCUGGACAGCACGGGGGCGGGCAGCGCGGCCAGCACCCUCAGCACCCUCAGCACGCUGAGCACCCUGAGUAGCCUCAGCACACUGGGCAGCCUGGGCAUGGACUUCAACCUGGGCUCCUGCAGCAACGGCAUGGGGACGCUGGACGUGAGCAUCGACGAGAUCGGCGAAGACAUCGUGCCUUACCCCCGCCGCAUCAACCUGAUCAAGCAGCUGGCCAAGAGCGUGAUCGUGAGCUGGGAGCCGCCCGUGGUGCCGCCGGGCUGGGGCCAGGUGAGCGGCUACCAGGUGCUGGUGGACCGCGAGGUGCGCAUGAGCGUGCCGUUUGGUGGGCGCACCAAAGCUCUGAUCGAGAAGCUCAACCUGGCCCUCUGCACGCACCGCAUCUCCAUCCAGAGCAUGACAGAGCGCGGGCUCUCGGACGAGCUGCGCUGCACCCUGCUGGUGGGCAAGGACGUGGUGGUGGCGCCCUACUACUUGCGCGUGGACAACAUCACCCAGGCGUCGGCCGAGCUCUCCUUUAUGCCCAGCAACAGCAACUACAGCCACACCAUCUUCCUCAACGACGUCGAGUACGACGUGGUCAAGCCUGGCGGCUACAAGUAUCAGUUCUACAACCUGAAGCCCAUGACGGUGUAUAAGGUGCGUGCCAUGGCUAGGCCGCACCAGGUACCCUGGCAGUUGCCUGUCGAUCAUCGGGAGAAAAAGGAGAUCUCCGCGGAGUUCUGCACCCAACCAGCCGGCCCCCCCUUGCCUCCUCAGGAAGUGCAGGUGCAGUGUGGGCAGUCAGCGGGGGUGCUGCAGGUGCGCUGGAAACCCCCUCCACUCUCCUCCAACGGCACCUCCAACGGGGCCACGGUCAUCGGCUAUGCUGUCUGUACAAAAGGGCAAAAGAUUGCAGAGGUGCUGUACCCCACAGCGGAUUACGUCUCGGUGGAGCUGACCCGUAUCCAGUGUCUUGAGGCCCGUGAGGUCAUCGUGCGGACGCUGUCGUCACAGGGCGAGUCCCAGGACUCCCCCGUGGCAUCCAUACCCCACACCCUCCUCCGCACCUCGCCACACCCUGGACAACCACCGCCGCCCCCGCCCCCGCCCCCUCACCCCCACCACGUCUCUCACCCCCAACCUCCACCCCCUGGCCACGUGCUGCCCCACCACCCCCCUUACCCCCAGAGCUACCCCUCCACACACCCGCAGCCUCCCCCACAGCCCCAUCCGCAGCCUCUGCCUCCUCAGCCUCCUCCUCAGCAUCCCCAUCAACCACCGCCCUCCCACUCGGCCCCUCCCCACCCCCACCCACAGCCCCACAUCCCCCACCCGCUGCCGCAGAUCCCCCAGCACCCGCUCCCUAAGCCCAAGCUCCUGCCAAGUGCCAGAGACAUGCAUACCAAAGACCGGCUGGGCCAGCCGUGGGAGCCCGCGCCGCCAGUCCCGCGCGCCCCGUCGCCUCUGCCUCCGCACCUCGCCCCGCACCAUGCCCACGCCCACCCCCUGGCCCCCCACCACCACUCUGGAAUGAGCCUGGAGCCCCCCUACUUCCCGGGCCGCCGCUCACCCUCCCCGCAGAGGAUCUUGCCCCAGCCUCAGGGAACGCCCAUCACCAACACGGCGGCCAAGGCCAUGGCCCGCGAGGCGGCACAGAGGGUGGCCGAGAACAGCCGGAUGGAGAAGAGAAACAUCUUCAGCGAGCGUGGACACUCACUCAAUUCGGAUGAAGAGGAGGACGGCUAUGAGUCUCCGCAUGCGCGACGAAGAGGUGCCUCGGUAGACGAGUUCUUGCGCGGAUCUGAGUUGGGCAGACAUCCCCACUACAGCCACAGCGAGGAGUACUACACAGAGAGCAGCCGCGGCUCCGACCUGUCCGACAUCAUGGAGGAGGACGAGGAGGAGCUCUACUCGGAGAUGCAGCUGGAGGAGGGCCGCCGGCGAAGCAUCAACUCGCACAACACACUCAAGGAUUACUACCGACGGCACGACCUGGCAGAGGAGCGAGAUAACUGGGACCUGCAACGGGAGGUGGUGCGGCAGCGUUCACUGCGCAGCAAGCGCCUCCACAGCAUCCCAGAGGUGGCAGAGGACGAGGCGGAGGGCGGGGUGGUGGUGGAGGCAAUGGGCCAGCGGACGCGCUUCGAGGACCAGCGGCCAGGCACGGCGAGUCGGGGCCCCCACGUCUACUAUCAGGACUCGAGGCAGCAUAACCGGCUCUCCCCGAGCAAGUGCAUCCGCCGGCUGCAACGCCAGCGGUCCUCGCCCCGCUACUCCUCCCUGGACGAACGGGGACCUGGCGGACUCGGGUGGAUGAGUGCCCGUCAGGCCACAAAGAGCCCCGACAGCGGGCUAGACUGCGGUAGCGAGGAGGAGUGCUCCCUGGGGUACCGCGGCGUGUACAUGUAUGGCGCGGGAAGCCCCAUGCGUGUGGGUAUGGGGCGUAGCAUGCGUCUGAUCCACUGCGAGGGCCCCGUGGAGCGCCGUGCCCUGGCGGCGGGAAGGAAGAGGACGCUGGCGCGACAGAGCAGCAUCGAGGACGACUUCCUGGACGUCAGCAUGGACAUGCGGAGCAGGCGCGGCGACCUGGGAGGCUACUACGAUCAUCCUCAUUAUCGUCAGCAUUACCACCAGCACCCUCAGCGUCGCUUCCAGAGCGAGGGGCGGCUGACGGACGUCGGCAGGAGCUACUACAGGGAUAAUAGGGCCCACUCUGUGGCCAGACUCAACCGGGGAAUGGACGAGCCUCUGAUUUUAGGAAGCUCCCAAUCCAUGGCACGCCUGGAUCACACGGGGAGGAGGACGGCCCAUGGCUGUGCCCCCUCACCAAGACGCCCCAUGAUGGUUCCUUCCAUUGAAAUCACCAUGGAGAAUAACAGUGAGGGGAGUGAGGUGAACCUCUCACCUGUCAAGGAAGAUGUUUACUAUGGCAGUGUAGCUCGGCGCAGGAAGUGGCCCCCACAGCGAUCAGACCAUCGAUAUGAUGAUUAUGGUGGACGUGGUCGCCGCUCACCAGAGUACUAUGAGUCUGAGCCAGAGGACCUUACUCGAAUAUUUGUUGCCCUGUUUGAUUACGAUCCCCUCUCCAUGUCCCCAAACCCUGACGCUGGGGUUGAGGAGCUUCCCUUUAAGGAAGGCCAGAUCAUUAAGGUGUACGGCGAUAAGGACACGGAUGGAUUUUACCGGGCUGAGAUCGGCGGUCGCCGGGGACUCAUCCCAUGCAACAUGGUGUCCGAGAUUCAGACAGAGGACGACGAGAUGAUGGACCAGCUCCUCAAGCAGGGAUUUCUUCCCCUCAACACUCCAGUGGAGAAGAUAGUCAACUGCAACCGCUUCAAAGAUGGCCGCUCAAUAAACCGCAGGUCCCGAAAAUCCAAAAGAGAGAGGAACAGGCGCAGUGGACGGCAGCAUCCUGUGUCUACCCGCAGGAUGGUGGCGCUGUACGACUAUGACCCCAGAGAGAGCUCUCCCAACGUUGAUGUGGAGACCCACUAUGGGGGCACCAGGCUGAGUGAGGAGGCUGAGCUGACUUUCUGUGCUGGUGACGUAAUCACUGUGUUUGGGGAAAUUGAUGAGGAUGGUUUUUAUUAUGGUGAACUGAACGGACAUAAAGGCCUGAUCCCCUCCAACUUUCUGGAAGAAGUGCCUGAGGAUGUAGAGGUCUAUCUGACAGACACUCCAUCUCGCUACCCCCAGGAUCACCCAUCAAGGACAAAGACCAAAAGGAAGAAGAGUGUUCAUUUCACUCCGUAAAGGCUCAGUGGCCGUCACGUAAGUGAACAACCGAGGAUACCACUGUUACGCUCUCCUCGUCUAAUGCAGAUGACAUGGGUCCCCUUUAGCUCCUGGUAUGCAGCAACACACACAUACGCAACUUACACACACACAACACACACACAACACAACACACACACAACAGACAACACACACACACACACACACACACACACACACACACAUACACUAACACAUAAAAUGUAGCUUGUUAAACUCUUCGCACACAUAUUUUCUCAUGCACCUAUAGACAAGCACCCUGUCCAUACAGAAUAAUUUUGAAUACUUGAUUUGAUAUUGAGAUUUAAAAUGGGGCUUGAUAGCUUAAAUGUGGUCACCCUGGCCAGUGCAUUAGACAAGAGGCAUGGUAUCUUCCGUUGUUUCUUUUGGGUGUUGUACAUUCUAAUGUCCGUCUUUCAUAACCAGUAAUACCCUUACUGUGACUCAUGAGAAGCUUCAAGGCCAUAGUUGCACAUCUAAGGUUCAGAGUUUACCCACCCACUACCCCUAACAACUGUGUGUAGUCAAUUAGAUGAGAAGCUAUUGGCACUCGGACUGAAAUUCUCCAUUUUUCUUUACCCCACCCCCUCCGCCCACCCCUGGGCCCCUCCGCCCACCUCUCCAGUUGAAGUAGUGCACCUUGACAUGCUGCUAAGUAAUUAACUGAAGAAAAAUAAAAAAAAGUUUUGAUUUGAAAAUUGGUACCAGACAAAAGAUUUGUCCAGCAAGUAGUUUAAUGCUGAUGUUAAACUUGAGCAUGUGGGGUGCACUUUUUCUUUCUCAUCUACAGAAUAGGUAGUUUAGAUGUAGCAGUCGUUAGUGACAUUCUCCUUUUGUCCCUACAUAGAGAGUGGCACGGGUUCCAAAAAGGAACAUCAUAGUCAAUUAACAUGAGAUUUUUUUUGCAUUAUAAUCUGACAGGUUUUAUGUAAAUCUAUGCUAAUUUUUAACUAAACAUUGUCACCAAACUGUUCAAUUGGGCCAACCUAACCACAAUGUUAGGUCAUGUACAUGUCAUAAUUUGCUGGUAAGUCAAACUCUAUUCUUACUUUGUAAAUCUGGUAAAUAAUAGCUCUGGGCAUGCCAGACCUCAACCAAUUGUAUUUUGACCAUUCUGUUAUUACAGUCUUAAACACGCUCUCAUGUUAAUGGCCUUCAAGUUGGAGAAUUCCUCUCUGAAGUGCAAUGGAAAAAGCCUUUUAGCUCAUGAGUACAAUGGAAGAAUACUUUAGACGAUAAAUGUUUUUCCUGUUCCCCACAUGUGUAUGACUGCCUUCACUUUCUAAGAGAAACUGUGUGUCAUCUUCAAUGUCCCUCAAAAGAACAAGUACUGAAUAUCAGAUUUAUUUUGUUUUUUGAGUGAAAGAUAGUUGUUGAUACAUCUCCCUUAUUUCAGUAGUCAUUCUAUGUAGCUAAAACAGUGAAUACGGAUAAAUGAAUGCAGAUUUGGGACCAGACCUGCUGCUGUCUCCCCAAGAGUACAUAAAUGGUCAGGUUAAUUAAGCAACUGAAGCCAGUUUUGGGAAAUAUUUGUAUGGAAUUGCUAAGAGCAGAAAGACAGUUUCCUUCAAAAAAGCCCCAAUCUCUAGCAGUGAUCCACAUAACUCUCAAGGGAAAUAGCCACAUGUAUAGUACUGUGUGUUGAUAAACCCAACAUAGUACAUAUACAGUGGCUGUAUUGGGACAGAAAAGUCGCUAAGACAAAUUUAGAGGGGUUGAGAGACAUUUUGAAGUGAAAAGUUUGUUGAGAGACAAAAACAAGGCGGAAGUGGAAGAAGAGGUUACAAUGCAAACAGAAAGUUUGAAAACAGAAGGGAAGAAAGGAAAGAAGAAAGGAGGGAAGGUAGGAAAGAAGGAGAGGAAAAAGAAAAAAAGACAUUUUUGCUUAAUUCCCCUCCACCUGAACUGUCCCCUACGGGUCUCCCAUUAGGUCCCGCUGGACAAAUCGGGUCCACCCAGAAGAGCAGCAACCCCAACCGUGCGCCCUCGCAUCCCGGGCUCCGGUCCUGCCUCCCAGGGCC